AUGGACGAUUCUUCAGAGUCACCAUCAACGAUUCAAGAAAAGUCUUCGGCUACAGAAGCUUUGCUUCAAGACCAUGUAAUGGCUGAAGCCGAUGCAUCUGUCAGCGCAGCAAUCCCAAGCUCCGAUAAUGGUGGAGAAUUGCAGGACCUCGGUAUUAACUUCGUCGAUCAGAAUGUGCUGGAGAGAGAGCUAAUGGCAAAGGCUGAUAAAGCUAUGACUGCUCGUGACGAUGAAUUGGAUCAAAAACGGCUUGUAAAAGCUAACAAAGAGAUGGAUGCUGCUCAAAAAAAUUUAACGUCGCUCAAAAAGCGCAUGAAUGAAAGAGUGAUGACCACGACUGAAAGGGAUGGGGUGCUUGCUAAGAUCAAUGAACAGGCUGCGAGACUCAGAAAUGCAAGACAGGAUGAGUCAGAUAUUCUUGCAAGAAUAAAGGAACGUCAUCGCCUAGCGAGAAGCACAAACUCACAAGCCAUUCAACAAAAUCAACGUGGUGUGAAUGAGUCCGAAAGGGAGUUCCUAAUUCGUACCGGCAAGAUAACACCAUUUGCUAAAAUGUCCGGUUUGGAGAAAACGUCUCAUCAGAAUGAAUCAGGUGUAGAGUACUCAGAAACAGGCGUUGAAACUGUCACGCACGGUCGCUCUCACCGUGACCUUAGAAGGAAAUCAUAUCAAGAUAUUAUACCCACUUCCACCGCUUCCCAAGACAUAAAGAAAACAAAACGUAAACGCCGAAGAUCUUCAACGCCAUCGUCUCCUGAAGAUGAGAGUGGUUCAGAUUUUUCACCAGAAGUACAGAGUGAUGAGGAUGAUGACGAAUUCACUAGUGGUCAAGAAGGAAAGAGUCCAUUGUUAGAGGAUGAAGAUCUUAUAACGGAUGAUAUGGAUGAGAAAGCUCCGAUUGAGCAAGAUGGACAGGUCAUUGCCAUUCAAGACGAUGGAAAGGAGGCUGUAUUUCAAGAACGUCUAUAUCAGUGGGCUCUCGGUCGAAAAAUACUACGAUACAAGUUGCAGCAUCCAGAUAGCAUUCAUAUGACUCAAGAUCAAUUAGAAGAAGCUGCCUUAAACGACGGGGAGCUGGAAUUGGAAGAUGAAAUCUUUGAGCCACAUCCAGCUACCGAAGACGUCAAGUUUGAAGGCGACUUUCGAAUAUCAGGCGAGCUUUACAAUGAUCUGUUCGACUAUCAAAAGACUUGUGUGCAGUGGCUAUGGGAAUUAUAUUGUCAAGAAGCAGGGGGCAUCAUUGGCGACGAAAUGGGUCUAGGAAAGACUAUACAAAUCAUUGCAUUUGUUGCUGGUCUUCAUCACUCUAGAAUGCUUGGCCCAGAAAAGCCUGUCCUAGUCGUUUGCCCAGCAACCGUGUUGAAGCAAUGGGUCAAAGAGUUUCACCGAUGGUGGCCACCCAUUCGUGUAGCAAUUCUUCAUUCUAGUGGAAGCGGACUACGCAGCGAAUAUCAUAGCGAUCAAGAUCUGGACGAGUAUGAGGAAGAAAUGCUUAAAAACUUUCAUAUCGACGAAGACGAUAACGAAGAUGAUGAGCGGUACAAGGAUAGACGACUUCGUGUCAAAGGAAGUAAAAAGGUAGCAAAGUCCAGAGUCAGUAUUCUGACGACAAGGACCGGAAGGAUGGCAGCAGCUUUAGUAGAUCGUUAUUAUCAAAAUGGUGGUGUAAUAGUCACAACGUACGCUGGUGUACGAUCGUAUCGUGAAAUCCUUGUUCGACGCAAGUGGGGAUAUGUUGUAUUAGACGAAGGACACAAGAUCCGCAAUCCAGAUUCCGAAGUUACCCUAUCGUGCAAGCAGUUGAAGACACCACAUAGAAUGAUAUUAUCGGGAACACCAAUACAGAACAACCUUGCUGAGCUUUGGUCCUUGUUCGAUUUCGUCUUCCCUGGCAGACUUGGAACUUUACCAGUGUUCCAAACUCAAUUCUCAGUACCUAUCAAUAUCGGAGGCUAUGCAAAUGCAACGAACGUCCAAGUUCAAACCGCAUACAAAUGUGCUUGCGUCCUUCGAGACCUGAUCAACCCUUAUCUUUUGAGGCGAAUGAAAGCAGACGUAGCGUCGGAUCUUCCAAAAAAAAGCGAACAGGUGCUGUUUUGCAAGUUGACGGUUUCACAGCGUAGGGCAUACGAGGAAUUCAUCAAAUCGAAAGAAAUGGAUUCUAUCAUGGCUGGUAGACGACAAGUACUUUUUGGUAUCGAUAUUGUUCGUAAGAUUUGUAAUCACCCGGACAUUCUGCAUCGUGAAAGAGCAAACGAGGACCCAAAUUAUGGCGAUCCAGAGAAGAGUGGCAAGAUGGUGGUCGUGAAAGCAUUGUUAUCCUUGUGGAAGAAAGAAGGUCAUAGAGUUCUGCUAUUUAGCCAGACCAGGCAAAUGCUGGAUAUCCUUGAAAAGAUGAUCAAGUCAUUGGACUACCAGUAUUUUAGAAUGGAUGGAACUACUGCUAUUCAAAAUAGAAUGACAAUGGUUGAUCAGUAUAACGCCAAUAAGGAUAUUUUUGUCUUCCUGCUCACCACGAAAGUCGGCGGUCUCGGUCUCAAUCUGACUGGUGCAGACAGAGUCAUCAUCUUCGAUCCUGACUGGAAUCCAUCUACUGAUGUACAAGCACGAGAGAGAGCGUGGAGAUUGGGUCAGAAGAAAAGUGUGACAGUUUACAGACUGAUGACCAGUGGAACCAUUGAGGAGAAGAUCUACCAUAGACAAAUUUUCAAACAAUUUUUGACCAACAAGAUAUUGAAGGAUCCAAAGCAAAAGAGAUUUUUUGAUGCUAGCAAUUUACAAAACUUAUUCACCCUGUCGACAGAUGAUGCCGCUGGAACGGAAACUGGCAGCCUUUUUAAGGACUCUGAAAUUAUAGCUCGUCCAAAGCAAAAGUCAAAGAAGAAGAAAACUAUAAAGUCGCAUGAUGAGAAUGACGACAGCGCCGAGAACUUGCGAGCGUUAGAAGGCGUUAGUAAACUGGAGAAAUACCAAACAAAGGAAGAUGAAAGUCAUGGAGAUAGUGAUGAUAAUGAAAAUGGCGACAACAUUCUAAGCAGCUUAUUCGAAAUGACCGGAAUUCAAAGCGCUAUACAGCAUGAUCAAAUUGUAGAUGGGGCAGAUCAAGAGAAAAUGAUUGUUGAUCGUGAAGCGAGUCGAAUCGCGGAUAGAGCUGCAGAAGCAUUAAAGGAGUCUAGGAGACGAUUGAACCGUGUACAGAUAGGCACUCCAACUUGGACAGGUCGUUCUGGAUUUGCUGGAGCGCCUAGACCUUCAUCAACACCACCACCACGUUUUGGAUCCAAGGUUCGACCAGCAUUAUCAGGGCAGAAACAAUCUAGUUUAUCUCCUAGUGGAUCUCCUCGAUUUGGAGCGGGUAAAGUGUCAGGAUUCAAAGGAAUUGAAGCAAGUAGGAAACCACCAGUUGCUAGCUCAGGCGACUUGUUGGCACAAAUGAAGGAGAGGAAGGCUCUGGAACAAGAAGCGGGAUCUUCGCCAUCCAGUAUCAGUAUUAGCUCGCCGGAUAUAGUGCUCAAUGAAUCAAAUCGAGAAGGGUUGAUUGUCAAGAUACGAGACUAUCUUUACGAUCAUGGUGGUAUAGCUUCAAGUACCGAUAUAAUCAACAAUCUACAGAUUGAAGUUCCAAAGGAAAAUGUUGUCGUCUUUCGUAAAAUGCUCCAAGCCAUUGCGCGAUUUGAGCGGGAGGGCUCCGAAGACCAGCCUGGACGCGGUAUGUGGGUGCUCAAAGAGGAGUACUACUAG